UAACGUUAAUCGGAAAGAGAGACGGCGGCGUUUACACGCCAUCAGGAUUUGCCUCAUCGCAUUGUAGUUUUUGUCCCUCAGACUUUUCCGUAGUACAAUUACAGAAGUCUGUAUUCAAGAUGGCUGCCUCCACAAGCAACAGUAAAGGAGUGUCCAUCUCCAAAACAGAAUAUCUGAAACGCUAUUUGUCUGCAGAUGGAGAUGGAAAGAAGUCAAAGGAAAAGAAUGUUAAAAAGAGACGAGUUAAAGUCACUGGGAGAGGGAUGAAAAUAGUAGAUGACGACGUAGAUUGGAAGCAGCUAGUGAACAGCGAGGAGAACGAAAACGAGGAGGAGGAAGAGGAAGCUCCAGUGGUUGCUGAAAUGAUAGAUGAGCGACCAGAAGAUGUGAAACAACUAGAAGCCUUCCGCACAAGCACCAAAUGGAGAGUGAUGGGAGUUGAUGAAGAGGAUAAUGACGAGGAGGUAGAAGGUCAAGACACGGGCAGUACAGACUCUGGGAACGCCCGCCAUGACUCACCUGAGCCUACGCCAGGCAGGAAGACACGCCACGAUUCCACGGACAACUCUCCACUUAAGAGAACUCGUCAUGACUCACCAGAUGCAUCUCAACCCAGGCACCAGAUGACACAGAGUGCAGACUCCCCUCCAGCAAAGAAAAAUGCCAACUCAUCCUCGGGUCGUUCCAAAAAGCGCUCUCCAGACUCUGACCAAUCCCCACCCAGAAGGCGGGCUCAGCACAAGGCUGGUUCAGAUUCUGACCAAUCACCCCCAAGGAGGAACUCAAAAUCCACAAAAUGCUCAGAUUCUGACCAAUCCCCACCCCGGAGAAGACCCAAACGUGGACAGGACUCAGACUCUGACCUCUCCCCUCCUCGCAGGCCUGACCAAUCACAGGCUCCAAGGAUGUUAUCUGGAGGGGCAGCAGGCCUAGUGUCAAUAGACGUUCUAAGGGAAGAACAGGAGGAGAACCGACGCAGGGAGAAAACCAACCGACCCCUAGAAGACCAGUCGCGCAACGCCCAGACCGUUUUCAGGGACAAGAGCGGCAAGCGGCGAGAUCUGGAGGUGGAGAGAGAAGAGCAGAAGAGGAAGGCUGCAGAGAAGGCUGAGAAGGACGAGAAAUAUGCCCAGUGGGGGAAAGGGCUAGUGCAGGGCCAGAUGCAGAACCAGAACAUUGAGGACGCGGUGCUCGAGGCCCAGAAGCCCUUUGCGCGUCACCGUGACGACGAGGACCUGGACCGCAUGCUGCGGGAGCAGGAGAGGGACGGGGACCCCAUGGCGGCCAUGCUCCGACGCAAAAAAGAACGAGACUCCAAGCUACGAGGAGUCAAAGAAAAACCACGCUAUAAAGGACCGCCCCCACCACCAAACCGUUUCAACAUCCACCCGGGCUACCGCUGGGACGGAGUGGACAGGUCUAACGGCUUUGAGCAGAAGCGCUACACCAGGAUAGCUGAUAAGAUGGCGGUGCAGGAAGUGGCGUACAAGUGGAGCGUGGAAGACAUGUAGAGGAGAGAGAGAACACGCAACGAAGGACCUUCUCUUGAUGGAUGAAAGUAGGAUGGAUGGAAGUAGGAUGGGUGCAUGGAUGAAAACAUAUCUGCAUGCGACGCAGCAGAUCAAUCUCUCCACGCACAGACACAAACAUGUACAGAAUAUAUGGCCAGUCAGAGAACUAGGGAACACUGACGAGAUGUUCAGCUGUGCAUACUUCUGCAUCGUGACAGACAGACAGGCAGACAGUCCCUCACUGUUGGUUGAACUACUGAGCCAGCAACUCUGAUAUUUUGUCCCCUUUCUAUUUGUUUAAUAAACAAUCAGCUUUGUA